AUGUCAGUCUACGUCGUCACCGGAACAAACCGCGGUAUUGGGUUGGAAUUCAUCCGCCAACUGUCACAAGACCACACCAACAUCGUUGUCGCUUGUGUCCGCUCCCCCACCUCCGAUGUCGGCAAUUUGCAGUCCGUGAUCGAGGAAUCCAAGAAUCACAAUGCCAUCAUACUGGACUGCGAUAUUUCCUCAGCAGAGUCGAUCAACCGGUUUGUAGAAACGUUGGGAAAGCAAAAGAUUUUGGCGGACCAAAAAGUAGACUUCUUGAUUCACAAUGCCGCUCUGAACCUCAAACCAGAGAUGAACUCGUUGAACCUUGAGCCUGAUGUUGUCCAUCAAAUGAUCACCGCCAACGUUCUCGGUCCGGCUCUCCUUACUUCGGCAUUGCUCACGGCCAAACUGCUAUCGCCAAAAGUGAGAAUCUUCCACAUCUCUUCGGGUUUGGGAAGCAUGGCUGUGAGUCUUGACCACAAGCCACGACAGAGUGCAGGCUACUCCAUCAGCAAGGCUGCUCUCAACAUGCUUGCCGUCCACCAAGCAGAGGACAUCAAAUCGCACCUCCCAGGGGCAGUUGUGGCACUGGUGGAUCCGGGCUGGGUGAAGACGGACAUGGGCGGGAAAAAUGCCAUAUACGAGCCCAGUGAGAGCGUUGGCAAUAUGCUCAAGAUUCUGCACGACCUAAAGGAGUCAAACAAUGGGGAGUAUUUUCAUCACUCUGGCAGAAAUGUGCCCUGGUGA